AUGUCCUUAGUUUCGGGUCCUGGUAGGGCUGCUGGGAUCGAAUCCAGCUUGAAUCUUAGUGUCGAAAGACAUGUGGAUUACAUCAAGAACUUGGACAGCAGGAGGGAUGAGCUAGAAUAUUGGCUUACAGAACACCUUCGCCUGAAUGGGGUGUAUUGGGGCUUGACGGCUCUACAUCUCCUUGGCCGUCCCGAUGUCCUUCCUCGUGAAGAUACCAUCGAUUUUGUUCUCUCGUGUCAACGGGAGAAUGGCGGCUUCGGGGCAGCUCCGGGCCAUGAUGCACACAUGCUGUACACAGUAUCGGCAGUGCAAAUUCUCGUAACCCUAGACGCGGUGGAUGAGCUGGAGAAGCGCGGUCUAGGAGGAAAAGAGAAGGUUGGCUCUUUCAUCGCAGGGCUACAGGACAAAGACACUGGCGCUUUCAUGGGCGAUGAAUGGGGUGAGAGAGAUACACGCUUUCUGUAUGGCGCGUUUAAUGCACUCUCCCUUCUUGGGCUUCUUCACACAGUUGAUGUGCCCAAAGCCAUUUCCUAUGUCCAACAGUGUGAGAACUUGGACGGCGGCUAUGGCAUCCAGCCUGGAGCUGAGUCACAUGCUGGUCAAAUUUUCACUUGCGUAGGAGCUCUGGCAAUCGCCGGACGACUGGACUUGGUAAACAAGGACCGUCUUGGAGGUUGGCUCAGCGAAAGACAGGUCGAAAAUGGUGGUCUGAAUGGAAGGCCCGAGAAACUGCCCGAUGCAUGCUAUAGCUGGUGGGUUGGUGCUAGCUUGGCUAUGAUCGACAAACUCCACUGGAUUGAUAGUGGCAAGCUUUCUGCUUUCAUCUUGCGCUGUCAGGAUUCGGAGGCUGGGGGUAUCGGAGACAGACCAGGCAGCAUGGUUGAUGUGUUUCAUACGCAUUUUGCCAUUGCCGGUUUGAGCCUGUUGAAGUUCAAUGGCAUCCAAGAAGUAGAUCCUGUUUAUUGUAUGCCGAAGGCAAUUACACAGAAAUAUCUGCAACGGUAA